AUGACGCGACGUAAAGUGACCUGCUGGUCGUUUGUGGGCAACAUCACGAGCAACGCCCAGCCGCGUCAGGACAUCUCCAUCGGGAUGAAUUGCGAGUACAAGAUGACGGCGAUCCAUGAGAUGAUGCAUUGCACGGGAUUCCAACACACACAGUGCCGCACCGACCGCGACGUCUACAUUACUGUUUACCUAGAGAACGUCCAGGAAGACAUGCGCUACAACUUUGACAAGUACACGGCCGAUGAGAUCGACCUGUACGGAGCAUACGAUCUCUUCUCCGUGAUGCACUACAGCUGCUAUGCGUUCAGCAUGAACGGGCGAAUGACGAUGAGUGCGAAAACCGACCCGACCUGCAGGACAGAGCUGGGACAGCCGCACGUCGGCGGUGGCUUCGUGCAGAGCGAUAUUGACAAGCUGAACUGCAUGUACUGCGGUGCGAGCAACGAUCACUGCCCGCAAUAG